AUGAUGCAGGACUUCCUCUUUCUCUCGUCGAUCUCCCGCACAGCGAGCGAGACAGGCCGUCGGAUCGUCUCGAUGAACCUCCUUCCCCCUGCCAAUCCGACCGACAACUCCAACAACAAGCAUCAGAACCACCUCGGCAGCAACACGAGGAUGACGAACCAGCAACGUCAGCGCGAGCAGCUAUUGAAGCAAUUGCACUACCGCAAGUUCCGUGUCAUGGUGCUGCCGGACGGGAUGGCGAGGCGUAAGCUGAACCAGUCGCACUUCAUGCCCAAGGAGAAGCGGUUCGGGUUGACGGUCGAGGUCAAGUUCCCGUCUCACACUCAGUCGAAUGGAGCGACAAGCGGAGAGGAGAAGGGCAAGGCGAAGGAGAGCUGGCUGCUGCACAAGCAAGAUUCGAAUCGAAGCGUCGAGAAUGUCAUCCUGGGCGAGCUGCAACAUCGAAGUUUCCCGAACAAGAAAGAACUUUCCCGCCUCAAGUCUCAAAUGCCCUCCUCUUCGACAGCUUCGAAGACGUGGAUCAUCUCGUCCGCCGUCAUCCUUGAUCUCGGCCUCCCACUCCCAUAUUCAACCACCCAACUUCGCAAAGACGAGAAGGUUGACAGCGAGAGAGUGGUUCUGCACUCGUUUCCCAUAGACUGGGCGUUGACGGUACCCGCGUACUCAGCCAGGCUGACGAACGAGAGCACCACACGAUACCUCGACUGGUGGACACGCAAACGCAAGUGGGAGGAGGCCAAUCCUGAGUUGGCGGAGCAUCAGAAGCAGGAAGGUCAAGAAGGGACGCGAAACUGGACGGGAAAGACGGAUGAGUUACCGAGGGGACAUGGAGGUGAUGAUGGAUGGGGCGCGAAGAGGGGACGAGGGCAACGAGGAGGAUGGCAGAAUGGUCACAACGGAUCUAGGAGAGAUUCUGGCUGGCAAGGCCACGGGGAUGUGAGGGCAGAAGCGAACCCGGCGGAGCUGAACGCAGACGCACCUCAGACCGAGACCAACAACGCAGCUUCGUCUACGCCGUCAUCUUUCGCCGAGCAACAGCCCAUCGAAUCAGCAGCGGGACCUUCGCAAGGCAUCAUCUCGAACAGCCUCCUCUCGCUUCUCAGCCAGCGACUCGGCCGCAGCGCCCAGCCUACCGACUCAGGUCCGUCGGCUCAGCCCCAGACUACACUCGCGGAACCGACCUCUCCGCCGUCGCCACCGCCAGCAUCAGCUACGGCAGAGGAGACCACCGCACAAUCCAUCCUCGCGCACCUCACCAAUCCAUCGCACACCACCCUCGCAUGGCUCCUCCAGACCCUGCCGGAGGGGUACAGCGUUGUGGAGUUCCCCGAGCUGCGCGUCAUCGCUGCAGACCAGCUGGCCACUUCAGAGAUCGUACCGCUUGUAGGAGAGGGCGUGACCGCUGACGACGAGCCGAAAGCCGCCGUCGAGGAGAAGUCGACCGUAAAGCAGGAGGCCAAGGAGGUGUCGACGGUCACCAUACUCCCCGCAUCAGGCGCACUCGGCUCACUGGGCGGCCUAUUGGCGGGCUACGAGAGCGAUUCCGAAGACGGCGAUGACACCGAUGCGCAGCCCGCACCAACCGAAGUGGUGCAAGACGAGGGAGACACGCAGGCGGCAUCGCUCGCAUCGCUUGCCCAGCAGCACGGGUUUCAUAGCUCCAAUUCCACCUGA